CUUCUUCACAAUUAAUUUAAAAGAAAUUGAUGUAAGUUUAGAAAAUGAAUGUUUCAUUUAACAUUUCUAAUAAGAACAUUAUCUUGCUUUCAUCUCUAAAAGUGGACCUUUAAAGAUGAAUUCUUCUGUUAUGUACUUAAAUGUUGAAAAAGAGUAAAAAUUUUCUUCCAUGAAAUUAUUCGGUACUAACUUUGCUCUUCAGAUCAAUUAUGAAAAGGAGUACAAAGAUUAUAAGAUACAAAGCUAUUGACAAAAUGGAACCUCUGCAUAGACCUGACACACCUCCAGAGACUAAGAAGCACUUGAAAUGGGCUUCUCAAGUCUUAAAGGAUCAUCAGACAACCUCUGCGGCAGCUCAGAAGAUGAUAAUGAGCGCCAACAAGACCAAGCGAAGGAUGACUCAUGAAAUUAAGGAGGCUAGAAGAGUAAUCUCAAGAUGGGAUGACUACAAUACUGACCUUCAAAAAGCAUGCACUGCUCUCAACACCCGCCGUAUUUUCGCUGACGAGAAGUCUAAAGAACAUAGAGCUAAACUUCAUGAGGAAAGAGUCAGAAGACUUCACUACACAAGUCCUACGAAAUGUUCGAUUGUUAAAAGACAGCCGAAGUAUGCUCCCUUAGUCACGAAGAUCCCUAAAAGUUUUAAUGUGUACUAAGCCAUUGUCCUUCUUAAGAUCUAUGCGGCUAAAUGGGCUGAGUCGGAAGGAUUUUGGGAUUAAGUUGUUCUUUAAACUGAAAUUUCGUUAAUAUAAUCUU